AUGGCGUUUGCUGCGCGCCAUCUGCAUGCUCUCGGUGUACUUCCGGCUCGGAACAACGCCGAAGAGGCCAUUGCUGCUCUUGAGGACUGCAGCAUGAGCAGUCUACGCCAGCAGCUGACAGAGCCCAGCUAUGACCAGCACGCCGUUGCAUUGGCCACGACGCGAACUCUGUGCCAGGCCCAAAUCUUCGCGGCUAGCCAUUCGUGGCGAACACAUCUCGAAGGCGCGCGGGCCAUUCUUCAAGCUGCAAGCUGCCCGCAUGCUAGAGUGACAGACACAACGGUAGCGAAUGGCCGUAGUGCUUCCAUCCAUGACUUCCUCGCGAGCUGGUACAACAAUGUCGAAGCCCUGGUUGCCCUCACGCCACUGGGACUGCACCGAGGUCAGCUUGAGAUGGCGAGCAGUGGCCUCAGGAAUGGAAAGGUGUAUUUCGACGUGUUUGGUGGUGUCGCCUCAGACCUCCCCGAUCUCUUCCGAGAGGUUGGCGCCCUGGUGAUUGAACGUCGCCGACGGUUCAAGUGCCAAGAGCGAAACGAAAACAACGUAGACUCCAUCUUAACGGAUGACGACAUCGCCAUUGAGGCCGAAGCGCUAGUACAUGAAAUUCAUGUCCGCCUGAAACGGGAUGCUGUGGGCCGUCUUUGUCUCGAUGGUGAACAGGCCUUGUCGCUCUCACACGACAUCAUGCACGAUUACGCCCUGAGUAAUGCUGGCUUCUUGCAUACGGCUCUGCUGUACAUCCAUGGCGCCGUGCAGUGCCUACCCAUGUGGGCACCGGAAGUACGUCAUUCUGUCCAGCAGAUCAUCCACUGCUCAGAAAGUAUGAAGUCCGCCUCGGCUCUGUCACCUCGAGUGCUGAUGGCCACGCCGCUGUUCACGGCCGGCCUCUGGGCGUUGCCUGAUGCGCGGGUUGCCAUAAAAAAGGCCUUUGAAAUUAUGAGCACGUGGAUGCGGAUGCCUCACAUCACGCGUUCGUCCGCUCUGUUGGAAUACGUCUGGAGCAAGACAUCCGUUUCACAACAGCACGAUGUGUUGACCUAUCUAGAGGAGAGUCCCGAAUUUCUGCCGUACUAA